AAGCCCCCGCUCCUCCCUACUGGUCAGCGUCCCGCGAGACGUCCCGCGGGAUGGCUGGGAGGGCUGUGGCAACGCGCAGAGAGGAAGGCGGAUCUGAGAGCUGUGGAGAGCCCCGGAAAGCAAAAUGGGUGAAUUGCCCUUAGAUAUCAAUAUCCAGGAACCUCGCUGGGACCAAAGCACAUUCCUGGGCAGAGCCCGGCACUUCUUCACUGUUACGGAUCCCCGAAAUCUGCUGCUGUCUGGCGCUCAGCUGGAAGCUUCUCGGAAUAUUGUACAGAACUACAGGGCUGGCAUGGUGACCCCAGGGCUCACGGAGGACCAGCUGUGGAGGGCCAAGUAUGUGUACGACUCCGCCUUCCAUCCAGACACUGGAGAGAAGGUGAUCCUGAUUGGCCGCAUGUCAGCCCAGGUCCCCAUGAACAUGACCAUCACUGGCUGCAUGCUCACCUUCUACAGGAAAACCCCAACUGUGGUGUUCUGGCAGUGGGUGAAUCAGUCCUUCAAUGCCAUUGUUAACUACUCCAACCGCAGUGGCGAUGCUCCCAUCACUGUGGGGCAGCUGGGAACAGCCUAUGUGAGUGCCACCACAGGGGCUGUGGCCACGGCUCUUGGACUCAAAUCCCUCACCAAGCACCUUCCCCCCUUGGUGGGCAGAUUUGUGCCCUUUGCAGCUGUAGCAGCUGCCAACUGCAUCAACAUCCCCUUGAUGAGGCAGAGGGAGUUACAGGUGGGCAUCCCAGUGACUGACGAGGCAGGUCAGAGGCUUGGCCACUCCGUGACUGCAGCCAAGCAAGGAAUCUUCCAGGUGGUGAUAUCAAGAAUCUGCAUGGCGAUUCCUGCCAUGGCCAUUCCCCCACUGAUCAUGGACACCCUGGAGAAGAAAGACUUCCUGAAGCGCCGCCCCUGGCUUGGGGCACCCCUGCAGGUGGGACUGGUGGGCUUCUGCCUGGUAUUUGCCACCCCUCUGUGCUGUGCCCUGUUUCCCCAGAGGAGCUCCAUACACGUGAGCAGGCUGGAGCCAGAGCUACGAGCUCAGAUCCACGAGCAAAACUCCAGCAUCGAAGUGGUUUACUACAACAAAGGGCUUUGAGGGAGAGUUAGCCUCUGUGCCAUCCCUCAUCUUGGGGAGCUGCUUUAGUGGAACCUUGUCAUCCCUGCCACUUGCCUACCUGACUAUAAUACCUGGCAGAGCACUUGUGGGCAGGCAGUCAUUGGGCCAGCUAUCGACAGGGUCAUAUAAUCCCUCUCUCCUGUGUUUGAAUGUCCACAGUAUACAUAUGUGCUACAUAUAUGUGUAUGUACAUUGCAUAUGUGCUCCUGAAAGCUAGGAGCAGACAUGCUGGCCUGGGUUGUUCUGCUAUUGGGCUUCCCUUCUUGGCUUCCUGCACACCUGCCAGCCAGCCAGGUGACAGGUGAAACUUCCUUCCCUGAAUUCUUCCACCAGCCAAGUUAGUUAUUUCUUUUCUUUUAUUUCUUUUUGUUUGUUUGUUUUGAGACAGAGUCUCACUUUGUUGCCCUCAGUAGAGUGCUGUGGCACCAUAACUCACAGCAACCUCAAAUUCUUGGGUUCAAGUGAUUCUCUUGCCUCAGCUUCCCAAGUAGCUGGGACUACAGGUGCCAACCACAAUCUGGCUAUUUUUAGAGAUGAGGUCUCACUCUGGCUUAGGCUGGUCUCAAACCUGUGAGCUCAGGCAAUCCACCCUCCUGGGCCUCCCAGAGUGCUAGGAUAACAAGCGUGAGCCACUGUACCUGGCCUAAGUUAGUUAUUUCUGAUGGCACUUCACCUUUUCUGAACAUAGGAGGAGCCCUGGAUCCCAGGAUGGAGACUGAAGGACACUAGCAGGCCAAACUGAGUCAAACCCUCCAGGUUUCUGAUACCUAGCUCUCAAAAUGGACUCAGGAACUGGGCUGGUAGAGGAAGAUGUGGGAUAAGGGACAAAGUGGGCUAAUGUAUCUCUCACUGCCAUCCUGGAAUAGCUCUAUUUCCUCUGCUUCCUGACCAGAACAGAGGAGUGUCAGUAUCCUGCACAGCCGUUGCUGUCUCAUCCUGUCCCCACACUGCAACGUGAGCAUCUUCAGUCUUAAGAGUUCUUGCUCUGCUCUGACAUCAUGAACUCAAAUCUAAAUCCUAAAAUCCCAUCCCCCAGCCAAAGCCCACAGAGGCAGAGCAAGCCAUCCCACUUAUAGAGCUUCCACUGCACCCUCUCACAGAGAGGCACGCGGUGGGAAUGGUGCUUAAACCCUACAGGUAGCUGAGUGGGUGUGACUAGGACCUCUUAAAGGACAACUAAGCCCCAAGUGUACAAUCUUAAGACAGGAAAUUUUGUCUUCCACUGAUCCUUUGUAGACAUUCAGCAAAAUUCCCCCGUAACUCCUUCUCUUGCUUGAGGUUGGUCCUGCCCCACCUCUACUCCCACACCCAAGAAGAGGAAGGGUUCUGGCAUCAAUGGCUCAUCCAAAUGGAAGAUGGACUUGGGGAUGUGACAGGUGGUGAUAAAUUCACAAUGUCAUUACUCUUCAACUUCCAUGGCCUCUGCCUGAAGAUAAAAGGGCCCUGGUGGGAUCCUCUGAGAACACUUUCCUGCUCCCACCAUCAACUGCCAUGAGUGAUUACUCAAUGCCGUUGUUACUCAAUAAACCAAAAACCUGUCUA